UCGACCAGAACCCGAGGAUGUCACCUUUGUCAACGUUUGCUCUGAUUCUUUGUCUCCUGCAGGCCCUCUGCAUCCAUGCAGACAUUGACAGUGGCGUUUUUAUGAUCUUCAACCAGGACCACAACAAGUGCAUCAAGGCAGAGAGCGCCACCUCGGUGACGCUGGUUCCAUGCAAUCCCCGCGACAAGAAGCUGCAGUUCCGCUGGGCCUCCGAGGCGCGCCUCCUCAGUCUGUCCCUCAAGCUGUGCCUGGGAGCCACAGAGAUUAAAAACUGGGUAAAGGUGCUCCUUUUUGAAUGCGACGAGAGUAGCGAACUUCAGCACUGGCAAUGUAAGAACGAGACCCUAUUUGGUUUGAAAGACCAGGACCUGCACCUGAACUGGGGCAACUUUAAUGAGAGGAACCUAAUGAUCUACAAAGGCUCAGGGGUGUGGAGCCACUGGAGGAUGUUUGGCACGCAGUCGGAUCUUUGCUCAAAGGGGUUUCAAGAGACUUUCACCAUAGGUGGAAAUGCUUUUGGAGCGCCCUGUCAGUUCCCAUUUAAGUUCCACCAACAGUGGUAUGCUGAAUGCACAAAGGACGGCCGCACAGACGGACAGCUGUGGUGUGCCACAGAGAAGGAUUACGACAAACAGAAGAAGUGGGGGUUUUGUGCGACCACGGCAACUCUUGGUUGGGACACUGACCCGGUCACGGGAGUUCAGUACCAGAGGAACACCCAGGCGGCUCUAACAUGGCAUCAGGCCAGGAAGAGCUGCCAGCAGCAGGGAGCAGACCUCCUCAGCAUCGUGGAGCUGCAUGAACAGUCGUACAUUUCAGGGCUGACAAAUCAUUUGGGAACAUUGCUGUGGAUUGGACUGAACAGCAUGGACAUUGAGAGUGGAUGGCAGUGGAGCAAUGGAAACCCAUUCAGAUAUCUAAAUUGGGCCCCAGGUCAUCCAUCUUCGACCCCUGGGCUCACCUGUGCGGCUCUGAAUGCUGGAAAAGCAUCAAAAUGGGAAAGCAGUGCCUGCAACAAAAAACUUGGCUACAUUUGCCGCAAAGGGAACUCCACCAGUCUGCCUCCACCCCCGAGCAAAGGGCCCAGCUUCUGCCCGAGUCACUGGGUGCCUUAUGGAGGAAAAUGUUAUUACCUGGAGAGGAUUAAGAAGAUGUGGAUGGAAGCGUUGGCUGCAUGCCGCAAAGAGGGAGCAGACUUGGCCAGCAUCCACAACAUAGAGGAGCAGAGCUUCAUUAUGUCACAGUCUGGAUAUUUACCAACUGAUGUGCUCUGGAUUGGCUUGAAUGAUCAGAGGAACCAACUGCUGUUUGAAUGGUCUGAUCACUCUCAUGUGACCUUCACCAACUGGCAGAGCGGUGAGCCGUCUCAUGCUACCAACCUCCAGGAGGACUGUGUCCUCAUCCGAGGAAAGGACGGAAAGUGGGCGGAUCACAUGUGUGAGAAAACGUACGGGUACAUUUGCAAGAAGACAGCUUCUACAACACCCGCCGAAGGUACCCAAGAGGAAGUCAACCCAGGAUGCAAGCUUGGUUCCACUAGGUUUGGCAGUUAUUGCUAUGAGAUUGGAGGUGAAAAAAAAACUUUUGAAGACGCAAAGAGGGCCUGUUUGGAAGGUGGUGCUAACCUUUUGGAUGUCGCUGACAGAUAUGAGAAUGCUUUUCUCAUCAGUUUAGUGGGACUGAGACCAGAAAAGUAUUUUUGGACAGGUUUGUCCAACAGAGAGGACAAGAACACUUUCACGUGGACAACAAGAAGAAAGGUUACCUUUACAAAUUUCAAUGUAGGGAUGCCAGACAGAAAACAGGGCUGUGUUGCCAUGACAACUGGGACUUAUGCCGGUUUAUGGGACGUUGUCAGCUGCAGCAACAAAGAGAAGUAUAUUUGCAAAAAGAAGGCAGAGGGUGUGCUUACGACAACAAUUCCCCCGACUACCCCAGAGUUGAGCUGUGCCUCUGGAUGGACCCCUGUAGCAAAAAGGGAUGUCUGCUUUAAAGUUUACAAGAAAAUGCAAGAGCAUAAGAAGACUUGGCAAGAAGCACAGGACUUCUGCAAGGCCAUCGGUGGAGACCUGUUAAGCAUACACAGCAUGAGGGACUUGGAGAAUUCGAAGUUUUCUAGUGCUGAUCCAGUGUGGAUAGGUCUAAGACUCAUGGGUACCAAAGAAGGAUUUAAGUGGAGUGAUGGCUCACCUUUCAAUUUUGAGAACUGGGGCUUUGGAGAACCAAAUAACCACAAUGACAACGAACACUGUGCAGAAGCUUCGUUUUACUACGGACGGCACUGGAACGAUCGGUACUGUGAUUUCUAUAACAACUGGAUCUGCCAGAUACGCAAAGGUGUGACCCCAAAACCUGAGCCCGCCAUUGUUGUUGAAGCCGUCAACACCACAGAAGAUGGGUGGCUCAUAUACAAUGACAGCUAUUACUACAUAAACAAAGACAAGUUAUCAAUGGAAGCUGCAAGAGAUUACUGUAAAAAGAACUUUGGUGAACUUGCGGUCAUAACAGCCGAAAGUGAGCGGAAGUUCCUCUGGAAGCAAAUAGCAAGGGACUCUGAAACACAAUACUACAUUGGCUUGGUUGUGAACUUGGAUAAAUCAUUUAGCUGGCUAGAUGGAACGCCAGUAACUUUUACUGCGUGGGAAAACAAUGAGCCAAAUUUCGCCAACAAUGAUGAAAAUUGUGUAACAAUUUAUAAAAGCAUGGGAUAUUGGAAUGACAUUAACUGUGGUUCUGAGCUGCCUUCUAUUUGUGAGAGAAGCAGCAGUUUUGUAAAUACAACAAUGGCACCAACCACCCCUCCCAGAGGAGGAUGUGCACCAGAGUGGCUUACCUUUAAAGGAAAGUGCUACAAAUUGUUUGGGGACAAGAAAAGCUGGCAGGAUGCCAGAACCCACUGCUACAAACAGGGAGGAAAUCUGGUGUCCAUCACAAGUGAGAAAGAGCAAGCAUUUCUCACAACACAGCUGCAGAGCCAAAAGGAUGAUCUGUGGAUUGGCAUGAAUGACGUCAACUGGGAGAUGCACUUUUUGUGGACAGAUGGCAAAUCCAUUUCAUUUACCAACUGGGCUAAGGGGCACCCUACAUCAGUACCUGAUAGAAGCUACUUUCAGAACGAGGACUUUGACUGUGUGAUCACGGUUGGUAGCAGCCUUAAAAUGAAAGGGCAGUGGAAGGUGGAGGACUGUGGCGCAAAACGAGGCUUUGUCUGCAAAAAAAAUUUUGAUUCCCAGAUUGUGGUUCCACCUACCACUGUUUCACCAAAUACCUUUAACAAGCUUGGCAAUGACUCCUACAAACUAUUGGUCCAGAAGAUGAGAUGGGAUGAGGCUCGGAGACAAUGCCAAGCAGAUGAUGCAGAUCUGGCCAGUAUCCUGAACCCUGUAAUGCAGGCUUUCAUCACCUUGCAGAUUUCCAAUUUACAAGAGCCAGUUUGGAUCGGCCUCAACAGCAAUGUGACUGGCGGCCGCUUCAAGUGGGUCGACAACUGGCUUCUCUCUUACACUAAAUGGGGCAAGAAUGAGCCAAAAAACAGUGGCUGUGUGUAUAUAGAUGUCGACCACUCAUGGAAGACAACACAAUGCUCCAAUACCUACUAUUCCAUCUGCAAAAAGUCACCAGACAUACCACCGACUGAGCCACCACAACUCCCUGGCAACUGUCCAGAGUCAAAAAAGCAGAGAACAUGGCUACCUUUUAGGGGUCAUUGCUAUUCUUUUGCGAGCUCAGUUGUGUACAGCUGGGCCCAUGCCUCAGUUGAAUGUCUGAAAAUGGGUGCUUCUCUGGUGAGUAUCCAGGAUCCAUUAGAGGGUGCAUUCAUACAGAAGAAUCUUGAAGUCCUUCAAGAUGAGGCUAAAACUUUCUGGAUUGGUCUCUUCAAGUCCCAUGAUGAUAAGUGGAUGUGGAUCGAUAACAGUGUUGUUGACUACACCAAUUGGAAAACAGGAAUGUCAAAGUCUGACAUUCCUGGAUGUGUUGACAUCCAUUCUGACAGUGGACAGUGGAGCACCAACAACUGCAAUAGAUACAAGUCAUACAUCUGCAAAAUGCCUAAAGUUGUACCACCUACAUCAAAGCCUCAAUUUGUGGUUCAACCCGUCAAAGAAGCAUCAUCACAAGGGUCUGCGGGCAUCACAGUGGCUAUUGUGCUGAUUGUCAUAGCCAUAGUCGGACUCGCCGCCUUUCUCCUAUUCCGCAAAAGGAUACGGUUACCCAUGCCCACCAUGGGGGAAUGCACCUUUGACAACAAGUUAUACUUCAACAAUCCAAAUCAAGUGCCAGUGGACACUAAAGUCCUGGUGGCCAACAUAGAGCAGAAUGAACAAGCAUAAAGAAACACCAGGACUAAUCAUCAAAAUAACAAAUAAUGCCUAAAUUUAUCCUCUUUAGUUCAUAAGAAAACUGGCUUGAGAACUUUGAUAACACUAAUUAAAAGAUAAUACUAGCAACUCUAUUGGGUUUUUGUUCAUAUUUCUGCACAUUAUCAAUCUGGGACUGCUCCCAUCGAACCUGUUUGGGGAAAGGAGAAACUCUACAUGGUGACUGGGUGAAGUGACACCUAGUGCCCACCUACCAAAGGUUGGUUUUAGCCAAUCAUGGUAUCAAAUUAAAACGUAACCAGCACCGUCGGAACCACAAGUAGGUAAACUGGUGAAGGCACUUCUUCCUGUUCUUCCUUCAAAGAUGAAAUCAUGGAUUCUUACAAAACAGAUGUGAUAGGAGGAGCUACGCAUGUGUCCUUCUGCGCUGCACACCAGGCCGCUCGUGGUUAAUGGAAGAGGGGCACGGACGCGGGGUACAUCCUGGACAGGUCGCCAGUCACAGGACUAAAGAACAGUUUUAUUAACCUUCAAAAAAGUUAAACAAUGCCUUUUACAAAAUUGUGAGUUGUGAUAAUUCACUGUUUUGCAAUAACGGGAAGAGCAGAGACUGAUUAUUGUAAUGUGCCAUCUGUGUUAAAUUAAAAUGUAUAAUGUCA